CACAAGUACAGUGUCGUCAAAUGGAACAUAGAAGGAACGAGAAGUUAGCAUUGGUUCCUCGGAUCUUUGCGGUGACUUUUAAGAGAAAUAAAGAAACGGUGGUUAGCCGUUCAAAUUUCAAACAUGUGUGUGUUCCCCUGUUUUUGAGAACCUUUGACCUCCCCAUGAAAAACCACAGCCACCCAUCCAUCUCCUCUCUCGCCAAAUUCUCCCUUUCUCUCUCUCUCUCUCUCUCUCACACACACACAUCUAUCUUAUCAAACCCUGCAUGUAACCCAAUCCCCAUUUCAAACAACAUAACAAACCAACCUAUUCAGUUGAAAUUUGAUUCCGUUUUUUUUGGGUUUUCCAACCAACACCUCUGUCCUUUUCUCUUUCUAUGACCUUUGUUUUUUUCGGUCUGUCAAGAUUGCUGGUUUGUUCUCUCUCGUCUAUUCUACCAAAAGAUUCAUCAAAAAUCUGAAGAUGGUACAAGAAAUGGAACAGGGCGACGACAAUUGCAGCAAUCAGGGAUCUACUCCUCCAAAUGACACCGUUUCGGAAAAAUCUCCAACAAAUCAACCCGACAAAGGCCCUCCAAAAGCCAUGGCCUGCAGGGAUGAAGCUCCAAUUAAGCAGCCUAAAGAUCACCCACCAACAGAAAUAGAACAGAUGAAGGAGCGGUUCUCCAAGUUGCUUUUGGGUGAAGAUAUGUCUGGUGGAGGAAAGGGUGUUUCGUCGGCUUUAGCGCUGUCAAAUGCAAUCACGAAUCUUGCAGCUUCUGUUUUCGGGGAACAAUGGCGUCUAGAGCCGAUGUCGGUGGAGCGAAAAACAAGGUGGAGAAAAGAAAUUGACUUGCUUUUAUCAGUCACUGACUACAUAGUUGAAUUUGUUGCUUCCCAACAGAAAUCUAAGGAUGGAACAAACAUGGAGAUCAUGGUUACCCGUCAACGCAAUGAUCUUCACAUGAACAUCCCGGCGCUGCGCAAGCUCGAUGCCAUGCUUAUUGAUUGUUUGGAUAAUUUUAAGGACCAAUCUGAGUUUUACUACGUAUCAUCGAAAGAUUCGAGUGAUUCGAAUAAAGACAAUGCCUCAAAGAGAAAAGAUGACAAAUGGUGGCUACCUACUCCUAAAGUCCCUACAAAUGGUUUAUCUGAGAACUCAAGGAAAUUUAUGCAGUAUCAAAAGGAUUGUGUAAACCAAGUCCUUAAAGCAGCCAUGGCCAUAAAUGCACAAGUUCUAUCAGAAAUGGAGAUCCCUGAAAACUACAUAGAGUUAUUGCCUAAGAAUGGGAGGGAAAGCCUUGGAGACUCUGUAUACAGAAACAUAACGGUCGAAUUCUUCGACCCGGAUCAAUUUCUGUCUACAUUGGACUUAUCUUCAGAGCACAAGAUCCUAGAUCUCAAGGAUAGAAUUGAAGCUUCUAUUGUGAUAUGGAAGAGGAAGAUGAACCAGAAAGAUGGAAAAUCUGCUUGGGGCUCGGCUGUAAGCUUGGAGAAGCGAGAGCUUUUCGAGGAGCGAGCGGAAACAAUUUUAAUCAUCCUCAAACAUCGUUUCCCAGGCACUCCUCAAUCAGCACUAGACAUUAGCAAAAUCCAAUACAAUAGGGAUAUUGGUCAGGCUGUUCUAGAGAGUUACUCUAGAAUCCUUGAAAGCUUAGCCUUCACUGUGAUGUCAAGGAUUGAGGAUGUACUGUACGCAGAUUAUCUCGCUCAAAAUCCGACACAGGCCUCGAGUAAGAGCCCUUCAAGGGAAACCCCGGUAUCGUCGGGGGUGGAUAAGCCUUCACCAGGAGAAGAGACACAAAAUGCUUCCGAGACACUUACUUCAAUGACAUUAUUGGAUUUCAUGAAUUGGGGUCCUGAUAUUUCUGAUAAUGAGACAAAGAAGGAAUCACCAAUAGGGAAUUCAGACAACUUCCCUGCAGAAGGUGAACUGAAGCCUGUGCAGAAGCUUCAAAACAUAGUGACUAACAAUAAGUUGGUCUCGUACCUCGAGAACAUCAGCGGCGGUCCGAAGAGCCCCGUGGCACGACAUUGACUCGAGUUCAUAAGGGAAGACGAAAAAUAAGAAGAACAAAAAGCUAGCAUAAGGUUUUAGAGAAGGGGGAGACAGCAUAGCAGAAAAACACGGUUAAGCUUAACCUCCUUUUGACUGAAUUUCUGUUUAGAGCUGUAAUUACCAAAUCCAUUCAAUUCAUUCCUGUUGUAAAUAUGAAGGAUGAAUAAAAGUAAUUGGCUUUGGAGUA